UACAGCAAAUUGUGGUUGUCUCCAACGUUGGAUCUCUUUCCUUUUAGUGUUUUCUCCACUUCACUCUCUUCAAAAUCUACUUCAACAUCACAUGUCUAUGAUAAUUUUUGUUUUUGUUUUCAACUAUGAAUGAAAAACCAUAAUUAUUAGUCCAAAACCAACGUCUCUUUUUUUCUUCUAUGUUUUGAUUACAUAUUUUGUAACGUUUAUUACUCCAUUUACUGCUAUCUUUGACUCGGCUUCCUUGUUUACUACACCUCCACGUUUCCUUUGCAAGUGCCUUUUUCUUUUCUCUUUCUCACUCUUUUUUUUUUAUUAUGUUAUUAUUAUAUAUAUUAUGUGAAAGCUUUGCCUAAUGGGCGUUUCUCUUCUCCAUUACCCUUUUCAGCCUUUUUCUUUGUUCUGAAUAUAUAUAUGCACAAAAUACCCUUGUCUUAAAAUCUUACUUUUUUUCUUUGUUUUUCAAUCUAAAUCAAAUUCUAUGAUGUUUUUCUGUUUCGUAAUUAAUAACCCUGUGAAUGCUUAUCAACUUCUCAUGAUGUGAUUCCUUUUGGUUUCUGUGCUUGGAGUUAAUUCCUUCAUCUGGUUAAGCAUCUUUUUCUCAGGCAAUUGAUUAUGAGGUGUUAAUAGGAUUUUGGAGAACAAAGAAACAAAAGACAGUGAAAAAAUAAUAAUUUGUUUGUGAUUUGUGAAUGACCUUUUAUUAUGACUAAUAAAAAAGCAUUACCAGUCUCAAAUUUUGGUAGUGACUUUUGCAAUUGUCACAAUAAUUCUCCAUCGGAAAAGAUGAGAAUUUUGGAGUUGUUAUCAUUAUCACCCUCUGAUGGCAAUGGUUCCUCAGUAGAAGAACCUUUACCUCAGGAUGCAGAUUAUACGGUUAGUCUCAGCGAUGAACUCGAGACAUCGAUCUUGGCUCGAUUCCCGAGAUCACUACACUGGAAACUUUGCUUUCUAAACAAGAGAUUCUUGACUUUAAUGAAAAGUGGUGAGAUCUACAAAAUAAGAAAAGAGUUAGGACUCAAAGAGCCAUCAGUUUUUAUGUUAGCUAGCGGGGAAAGCAAUUGGUGGGGUAUGGAUUGGCCUUUCAAGUCUAGCAGGAAACUACCUAGGAUUCAAUCAGAUUAUAGCUUUGAGUUUGGUGAUAAAGAAUCGUUUUCCGCAGGGUCUGAUUUAUUGGUUUCGGGUAAAGAAAUCGAUGGAGCUGUUAUUUGGAGAUACGAUUCGGAAACUAAUGAAUGGUUAAAAGGGCCAUUCAUGAUUAAUCCAAGGUGUCUUUUUGCUUCAGCUAGCUCUGGUGAUUUUGCUUUCGUUGCUGGUGGUUUAGAGACAAACACUUAUAGCAAAGUAUUGGAUACUGCUGAGAAAUACGACUCAAAACGAAAAACUUGGGAGACUUUGCCGAAGAUGAAUCAAAAGAGGAAAUUUUGUUCAGGUUGUUUCAUGGACAAGAGAUUUUAUGUUAUAGGUGGACAGGACGAGAAUCAAAAGGAUCUAACUUGUGGCGAGUUUUUCGAUGAAAAGACGAAGACAUGGAAUUUGGUUCCUGAUAUGUUGAAGGAUAUUCCUCUUUCGGUUUCACAGUCUCCGCCUCUAAUUGCUGUUGUGAAUAAUGAGCUUUAUUCACUUGAUGCUUCUUUUAAUGAGUUGAAAGUGUAUGUUAAAGGAAGUAAUAAGUGGAAAAAGUUAGGUGUUGUUCCUGUGAGAGCUGAUGUACAAGGUGGUUGGGGUGUUGCUUUUAAAUCACUUGGUGAUGAGUUACUUGUUAUUGGUGCACCUUCUGUUUCAAUUAAAGAAAGUGGUUUGGCUAUUUAUACUUGUUGUCCUGAUCCUGAGUGUGAGAAAUUGAUUUGGAAGCAAAUUGAAUGUGGGAGUGUUCAGCUUAAUCAUUUCAUUAGGAACUGUGCUGUCAUGAUGGGAAGUUGAAGUGAAAAGAAUGUUCGAACAAAACGAGUAGAAUGAAAUGUGUAGUAACGACACUUCAGAUAGAAGGCAUGUUUGUGUGUAUGUCAGUGUUUCCGAGGUUGAAAGAUGAAGUUGGUUUCAAAAUAAAACUUAAUGUGGAGGUGUCUUUAGAUGAAGCUUUAGCUUCUUUUUUCAUUUGAUGAAUCUUUGUUGUUACUAAUGUUUUAUUUGGGUGUGUCUUUCUGACAUAACUUGUUAGCAAGAAUGUUGAUGUGUUGUGUUCUUUUGCAUCUUUGAACAUGGCAGAGGAGUGGAAAUGGAAAUUAAGUUGGUUCUGUUGUUGGUGAAGAAAAAAUCAGAUAGUGAGCUUCAAUAAGCCUAUAAAAUGGUAUUAUUUCCACUGUUGUUCUGAUGCCCUGAUUUGGUCAUUUAUGUCAUGGAAUAAUACCAAAUUUGACAUUUGUUUUAACUGGCCUUAUAUAAAAAUAUGUUUUCAUU